AUGGCGUUUUCUGCACUCCCCCCCGAAUUGCGCAGUCUCUGCCGGAGAUUGACGGCGACAAAAGUAGAACAACUUCCAGCUCUGCUACCUUCUCUACUUAGGGACUUAUUGCGUUGCAAAGAACCACUGUCAAGACCACAUGAGGCGAAGGCGUCUGAUAAUUCCUCUGAAUCGACAGUGCUUGUACAUAAGCUAAAGACUCAGAUAUCUACACUUCUAAAUAGUAGAACCUCUCAGGGCCGCUUCGUAGGGGUGGCGCUAGUAAAAGCUGUGGUAGAAACUGGUGGUUGGGAAUGUCUUCGAACAUCCGAACCCUGGGUCCGAGGACUUCUAUCUAUCCUUCAAAGAAAAGAUCCAGCAGUCAUUAAGGAUCUAUGUGUUGUGACACUAGUGAAGAUAUACACUUUGAUGCAUGUCUAUCCGACGUUGAUACGGGAGAUCGUUACACCUACCCUUCCUACAUUUGGAACGGCCUGUAUCCAGAUUUUGAAGCCCCCUGCGACUAGCAAGGUUGUCAAAGCACCUAAUAGUCUCGUCGAGACAAUAUUUGAAGGUUUCUCGGUUAUUAUUCCACUAUACCCUACUACUCUGCGCCAGUUUUCUUCUAAGCUUAGGGUCGAGUCGCGAUCAUAUAUUGCUCCAACCGUCUCGGACGGUACAAUAGUUCCAGCCUCACUACAGGCGUGCAGCAGACGUCUUAUUAUCAGGUUACAUAUGACAGCUAUAAAGGGUGGAGACUCAACCGAAUGGACGAAACAUUUAGAUGGGAUAAUCACUACAUUCCACUCUACAGCUGAUCAGGUCUUUCGAGCAAUCCAAGAGAACUGGGAGUCGGCGUCGGGCCAUCCAUCAGAAUCUACACCGCAACGAGUAGAUUUCGAUAAAGAUCCCCAAGGCGGUAGUGACAGCCCAGAUCAAUUGCCCCCUUGGACUGGCAUUUAUGCGGGUAGCGAAAGAUUGCUGGGUCUACUCGAUUUUAUCUGUGAAUAUCUGCGGUGCUUUACAAAAACGAUAGUCAUCAUUCCAGUUAGCGCAAUAGUUGAUAUCGUUACGAGGAUAUCUUCAAUCAUACCAUCAAUUCCAGGGAAGGAGAAAUCUGCAUCAAUUCAGCUGAACCCAGCCGUGGGUAGAGAGGAGAAAGACGAAUUAUGGACAGUAUUCCCAGAUAUUCAACUUGCUGCAAUGAAAUUGCUCUAUGUAAUGACGCAGCGUCUGGGAAGAAAUUUCCUGCCACUAGCUCAAACAUCACUUGAACAGCUCCUGCGAAUGUUUGAGUCUAGCUAUCGUCUACCUGAAAUCCGGAUAACAGCCUUCCUCCUAACCAAAGGGAUUCUUCAGCUUUGCGGGCCAACAAUGGAGAAACUUACCGUCGAGGGCUUAAGCCUCAUCAUCAAGGCAUGCUGUCGCGACCUUUUAGGAUCUGGUGGUCAUCUCAAACAUCCUAAGCAAUCAGCUAUUUCUACUCAAAGUAGUAUGAAAUCUAAAUCAGUCAGUCAGAAUGCCGACGCUUUUCUUGGUAACAGCGCCGAGGACGAAUCUAUAUCUGUCUCGUUAAGUCCAGAACACGUCUCAGCAGCAACAGCACUCUUGACUACUCUUUUCAGUCAUGUACCUCAACAGCUUCUUCCUUCUUCACUUCGAGCUCAUAUGCUCAAAACAGCUAUCUUAUGUCAGAUUAAGGAUGCACAGGUAGCAAGCAUAUUACAUCCGGUGCGAGACAAGAGCGGUAGGACGCCAGCAGCCAUACUGCCUUAUCUUACACAACGGUUCCCGCACGACGAAAGUGUGGAAGUAUUGCGCUUCAACUUUCGACCCAUGGCGACAGGACCCAGGAAUGAUACCAUGGACAUCGAUAGGGCGCUAAUUGAAGACGCCUCAGAAGACGAUUCUUCAAUGAAUGAGUUUUCAUUCGAUCAACCACUUGAGACUUCUGUUCCUGGUCCCGCAGAUCAUACCCGUGCCGAAGCCGCUGAGACCUCAGCAAAAGCUCAGGACCUAUUUCUCCCCAAGAGGCCACUAGAGACAGUUCUCAGGUCUGAAGAGGAACGUACCACUAUCGCGCGACCGCCGCCAACAAACUUACUCAAGCGGAAGAGCGAAGAGGCUGAAAUUGCCAUUUCUAAACGGGUCGAGAUCGACACGACGGCAACAACGGUAAUCAGCGCCCCAAUACCGGCAUCUAUCAAUCCGCCGAGCCAGGCUCCCAAGACUGGCAGCGUGGGGGCUCUAGACGAGGAAGACAGCAGCGAUAACGAGAGUGUACACCUGAAUAUGGAGCUCGAUGUGGACGACGAUGACGAUGACGACGACGACGGAGCAGAGGAAUAUUAG